AUGGAGACUUCUGCUUUUCAUGAAUCUUUUUUAACAGAAACACAGACAAAUGAAACCUUGAAAGCAAAACAUCAACGAUGGAAGGAGUAACAUGAAUCUUUUGAUUCAAAUGUUAUUCGAAGUGACACAAACAUCAGCAAUGUCCAGAUGAGCCCAGUGAGUGAUGUAAAGAGCCGAGACAACUCUAGAAUGAGAACUCAUCUUCAACGCGAUCAGAAGCCAAUUUAAAUGUCAGAGAGAAUGCAGCGAAGAAACAGGAACAGAAUAACCCUACAUAGCCUAGCCAAGUACAAGAUCCUUGUCCUUAAUGUCUAGUAAAACCAGACUUAAGUGCAGCUGAAUGGAUCUCAAAGUAAGUUAAAGCCAAUACUCAUGACAAUGACCGAAUAAGUUGGAAGUAUUUAAGGCACAGCAGCUGGUUUUAAUACUAGCGGGAUGAACUCUCACAGCAUGUACACUUCAACUUUAUAGUAAUAAGAUGAACAAAUGUCACAGAUUCCAGUGAUAAGUAACUUGUCACCUGACCUGAGCUUUGAGAAUACAGAUUACAAAGCUACCUCCAAAUUGAUGGGCAGCAACAACUUAUAACUUCAUAACAGAUUCUUUGCUCUCAGAAGAUAGAGAGUGUUGCUGAAGCACACUUAAAAUACUUAAGUUUAAUCUCCUUCCAUUAGCAAAAAUAGAUUUCUUCCUCCAGCUGUUCGACAGAAUUAUUUAAAUGCAACCUAGAUAUUGCCCAGACCUGAAAGAUUGAUAUAUAGUCCAAAUAGCAAUGAUGGUGUAAAGAGGGUUAGUGGAAAGUUUUAAAUCUUAAAGAUAACUGCUGAUGCUGGAGGAUUUUAGGCUAACAUCGAAAAUUAACUUGGUUCAACUAUAGACACAGCAAGUAAUUAGCUUAAAAAUUUCUCUAGGUUCAGUAACAGAACUAACAGAGAAUCAAGAGGCAUGUCUUAUGUAGAUCGAGGAUAUCGUAAUUAGCCUAACAUUGAGGAAAGUAGGCCAGAUAGUAAAUAGGUAAUAUACUGCUAAGGACAAUCUUUUGACUCUAAAUUCACUAACGAUGAAUUACCACAUCAUAGUCCCAAAUAUACCCCUGUGAAUUAAAAUUAACCAUUAACUGCGAGAUAGUUUGAUGUGGACUAUGCAUCCAACUAUGAAAAGAUAAAUUAAAUAAUGGUUGACUAGCAUUAACAUAUCAUCAAAGUUCACAAUACAUCUGACUAAAUCGAGUCAUCAUGA